GGGAGAGAAACAGGUUGUUGGGAGUAUGGCUACUUGGGCUGCUAUGCGUACAGGACAGAUGGACAAUGCAGUCGUGGGUGGAGUGGUGGCAGCCAAAGUGAAAGUACAUGGACAUAGACCCCCACUAGAAGAAAUCAGUAACAGGACUGCAAUUCUAGGACGCAAACCUGCAGCGAUGAACUGCAAGGUGCCUGUCAAAGUGGUCAGACAAGUAACCUCCAGAGCAAAUCUGCCUUUAAGAGUUAAACAGGCAUUUGGCCCCAAAUCUGAGGAACCUCCUCCCAUACCUAUGGAUGUAGCUGAUAACGAGGAGGUGUUGUGUCAAGCUUUCUCUGAAGCUUUGAACAGUGUUGAGGAUAUUGAUGCAGAGGAUUCUUCAAACCCUCAGUUAUGCGCGGAUUAUGUGAAGGACAUCUAUUCCUAUUUAAGGCAGUUAGAGGUUCAACAGGCUGUACGCCCAAGACACCUACAGGGAAUGGAGAUCAAUGAUCGGAUGAGAGCCAUUCUAGUCGACUGGUUAAUACAAGUCCACUUAAAAUUUCAACUACUUCAAGAGACAUUAUAUAUGGCAAUAGCAAUUAUGGACCGUUUUCUACAGGGUCAGCCUAUCUCCCGAAGCAAGCUACAGUUGGUUGGUGUCACCUCGCUCUUCAUAGCUUCAAAGUAUGAAGAAAUGUAUUAUCCAGAGAUUUCUGACUUUGUUUACAUCACUGACAACACCUACUCCAAAGCUCAAAUUAGAGAAAUGGAAAUGAUGAUUCUCAAGGAGAUUAACUUUGAUCUAGGAAGACCGCUGCCCCUUAAUUUCCUUAGAAGAGCUUCAAAAUGUUGCAGUGCUGAUGCAGGACAGCACACACUUGCCAAGUACUUCAUGGAGUUGACUCUACUUGACUAUGACAUGGUUCACUUCCAUCCUUCAGCAAUUGCUGCUGCUGCUUUGUGCCUGACUCAAAAGGUUCUUAAUAUGGGCACAUGGGAUGCUGCUCUACAGUUUUACACAGGCUAUUCACAAGAUGAUCUUAGCCUGCCUAUGAAGCACAUGGCCAAGAACAUCGUUCAGGUCAACCAAAACCUGUCAAAAUUUUUAUCUGUGAAGAAUAAAUAUUCUAGUAGUAAAUUACUGAAGAUCAGCACAAUCCCUCAACUGAACUCGCGUGUUUUAACUGGUCUUGCUGCUGCUGUAACGCCAGGCUCAUAGGGUCUAUGAACAAAAUGCCUCCUGAGCACUUUUAUCACUUUGCUUGAAUAUGCAAAAUGCACUUCUUGUAAAUAACUUUUUAAGUCGUCGCUGGUUUAAAGUUUUACUAUGACCUAAUCAAAUGAUUUUGUAAUAAAUGAACAUUGCUAUCA